UUUCUUUAAAGAAAAAGAACUUACCGCCGACUAAAUAGGAAAAUACAAAAAAAAAAAAAAAGAAUAAGAUACACACAUAGUACAGAGUGAUUUAAAAAGUUUUAAUACUUUUGUUGUAGUUUAUAAGAAAAUAAUUUAAAAUAUUUGUAAAUUAUUUUGGAAAAUAUGAAAUAAUUGUUUGAAAUAUUUGCACAAUAUAAUUAAAAGAAAUUAAUUUAUGAAGAAAUAUGAAAAAAAAAUAAUGUAAAAAUAUAUCAUUAAUAAUUUCGAAGUGUUUAUUAAAACAGUGAACAAAUCUAUUAUUUCAAAUCAAAGCAAAUUAUGGAAAAAUAUAUUGUAUAAUUGAAUUGCUAAAAGAGAAUGACAAGGAUAAAUAUUGGUUUAAGUUUAACAUGUAAUCGAACAACUGAAUGAACAGCCAAAUGAUUUUAAGAAAUAUUUUUUCGAGUUGCAUAUUUAUGUAACAAAAUUCCGUUCGCUGAAUAUUUUAAAUAUAAUUUUUGAAAUGUGAUUAAAAAUCGACAAAAAUACUCUCACAUGUUUUUAGAAUCUAAUAAUAAAAGAAAUAAAGAAAUUCUAUUUAAGUGAAAACUGGUUGAUCUAAGUGAAGAAAAGAGAAGAUCAAUCAUUAUGAAAAUUGAACCUAGUGAAAUAGCAACAUUACAUCAAUUUCCAACUCAUCAUCAUCAUAAUUUGCAUCACCUUCAUAAUAAUCAUCAUACAACGUUACAAAGUAAUAGCAGUAAUAGUAAUAAUCAUCAUCAUUCCCAUCAUAAUCCUCAUAGUCAACACUAUCAAAUAAAUAAAAACGUAUCGUCAAACAAUAAUCAAAAUUCGUUAUCAAUACCGGCCACAUCAUCGUCUUCGGUAGCGGUGGCUGCAGCAGCAGCAGCAGCCUCAAUAUUUAAUAUGGCUAAAACGCCAAUGCUGCGAUCAAAUUUUUCAAUAAAUGCUAUUCUUCCGGAAACUAUAGAGGACGAAAACCAGCAUCGCCACAUUAAUAAUCGUCGACAUGGAUCAGCAUCAUUACAUUCACCAUCACCGGAAGCACCAGAGUCAUGUAAUUCACCUAUGAGCAGCACCGGUGAUUUAGGACAUGAAGAGAUCUCAGAAAUUGAGUCUGAUUUAGAUGUUACAAGUACAUCACCUCCACCACCAUCUGACGAUAUUAGCGAAACAAAUAACUGUGAUGAUUUGAAAGAUGCUGAUGAUAAUGAAGAUGGUGAUGAAAAAGGUAAUGAUGAAAAUGGUGAAAAUGAUGAAAAAACUACUGAUAAGAAGGGUAAUGAAAAACCCCCAUACAGUUAUAACGCUUUGAUCAUGAUGGCGAUACGGCAAAGCCCAGAGAAGCGUCUCACUUUAAAUGGAAUUUAUGAGUACAUUAUGAAAAAUUUCCCUUAUUAUCGAGAUAAUAAACAAGGAUGGCAAAAUUCAAUCCGACAUAAUUUAAGCUUAAAUAAAUGUUUUGUUAAAGUUCCUCGACAUUAUGAUGAUCCUGGAAAAGGUAAUUAUUGGAUGUUGGAUCCAUCUGCAGAAGAUGUAUUUAUUGGUGGUUCAACUGGUAAACUUCGACGAAGGACGACAGCGGCAUCUAGAUCAAGAUUAGCGGCUUUUAAACGCUCAUUAAUAGGUCCUAUGUUUCCCGGCUUAGGAUACCCUCAAUUGAGUAAUUUUUUAUAUCCCCCAGGUGGUCCACCUGGGUCUGCACCAUCAUUGUUAGCUAGUAUGUAUAGCCGAUAUAAUCCAUUUGCCCCAAAACCAUCUCCAUUGCAAUUAGGUUUACCGUUCACAUCCGCAGCCGGCGCAAUAGGUGGGCCAGGAAUGGGCGUUGCACCCUCAGCAACACAUCCAGCGUUUAGUGCUGCGGCUGGAAUGGAACGAUUAUUAGCAGCUACUGCUCCAUCAACACAUUCAUCACCUUCAGCUGAACUAUACCAAAGAUUACAGUAUCAACAAUUAUUACAACAGCAUGCUGCAGCUGCUGCAGUUGUAGCACAUCAGCAAAGGCAACAACAACAACAUCAACAACAGCAACAACAUGUUUUAACACAUUUAACUCAAUCAAGCCCAAACUCAAGUAAUAUUAAUAAUAGUUUGGAAAAUCCUUUAGCAGCAGCAGCGGCUGCAGCUGUAGCCGCAGCACAAUCAACAACUUCAUCACCUAAUUCAAUAUUUAAGCCAGUUACAGUUGUUUCAAGAAAUAGUUGAGAAAUAAUCCCAGCAUAUGCUUAACAAAAAGCAUAUGAAUUGAGUAGUUUUUAAAAUUAAAAUUUUGUAUGUAUACAAUAGAAUAAUGCGCUUAUAUGAGGAUUAAAAUAUUUAAAUACAAGCAGAUUUUUUGUAUAUAUAGAAAAAAUGCACAAAAGGCCGUCCUAAUAAGAAUUUUAAGAAAUCGGUAUGUACUUCAGCAUGAUUUUUUGCUUAUAUUGUUGUUUUAAUUGUACUGAGGUGGGAUGUGUUUAAAAGAAAAAGCGCAUGGUAAAACUGUUAAGCUUUGAUUAAAAAUACUAGCUUAAUAAUAGAAUAAUCUUUUUUUUAUUUUAAAAUCUACAUAAAAAUUAAAUAUUAACCCAAUAUACUAUACUUAGCAAAAGCUUUAAACUAUAAUUGCUUUGAAUCAUACAAUGUAAUUAAGGUAAUCAACUUAAUUUUGUUGUUACAAUCAGUUAAGAGUUAAUUUUAGAAACUAAUUAUUUUUAAUUAUUCACAAUUUUCCAAGUUUCUUCAAUUAAAACGUUAAUCUAACGACGCAUUGCUUUUAAUGGUUUUGUAAAAUUGUGAGUAUGCUUUAAUAUAAACUAAAAUGUUUCUGAAAUUUUGCUCAAACGUUUUUCUGAGUUUUGUUUUGUGAUUGAUAUUUAAGAAGUUUUGUAAAAAUCGUAAGAAUUUUCACACAAAUCAAAGAUUGCGUUUUACCAAAUAUAAAAAUUUUUGUCAGGAAUUCGAAUACGAACAUCAACUUCUUCCACAUCCUUCUCUUUAGCUUGUAAAUUGAUUUAUUAAAAAAAAAACAUUAUAUCGGUUUCAUAAACACGUAGACAACUUAUUGCAAUCCUGUUCUGUAAAAAUAUUGAGCUUAGCUUGUCUACUUGAUGAUCUUAAUGACACGCAUAGUUUUAGUUACAACUCUGAGUAAACACAUAAUCAACUGUAAUUUUCGCUUUAUAUUGUAAUCUUAACGAAAUUUAAUUUUAAAAAUAAUUCACUGUUAUUUAGAAGAUCGAAAUAUCAAUAUUUUUAAAUGUAAAUAAUUUUAUAAAAAUAGGUCCACUGUACAUUUAUGUAUGUAUGUAUUAUUAUUUUAAUUUUGUAAAUAUUAUAUAGUUUAAGUUUUAAAUUAUUUAAUUUCUAUUGAA